AGCAAGCGUGACAGAUAACAAAAAAUUCCAUUCCUUAUUUUUGACAAUAGAUAUAAAAAUGUUUUUAUAAAAAUACUUAAAUAUAUUAAUUAAAAUAAAGUCCAUUUCGCAUAUUAUUUUAUGAUAACGUGUGAUUAUAUAAUGAACUGUGUAAUCCCUGAUAGAAUUUUAGUUAUGCUAAAUUAUAAACGAUUCGACUAGCAAGUGUCAAAUGUCAACCGAAAAAAUUGCGGGUAAAAGCGGUAAAUUGUUUUCUGCCGAAUUUUGAGAAACAUUGUUUUUCAUAAUUCUGUAAUGUCUUUUAUUUCAUUGGGAAAAUGAAUGAUGUUCAGAUUAUAAUUGAUCGUCAAUUGGGGAAUUAUUCUCGCUUUAAUUAUGACAAUGUUUUGAGAAGAUUAGUAGUGAAUAGUGAGGAAUCAUUCUACGGGCUGCAGAGCGCGUCUUUACCAGCUACUUUUGAACAGGAUCCUCCAAUAUUCGCGUGCAGAUUCUCUGAAGCUCCUGGCUACGAUCACAUUGUUGCUCUUGCUAAUGAGGAUGGACGAGUCGCUAUACAGAACACAAGUACUCCAAAGGCUGCCAGUAAAUUGGAGGGGUUCCAAUGUCAUAACAAUGCAGUGUUUGACCUGGUGUGGAGGCCACAACACAUGAACUUUGUUACUGUUUCAGGAGACCACACCGCUUGUUUAUGGGAUGUGAGCGAGGCGGGUCCGCGGCGCGUGCUCGUGUUUGCGAGUCACACUCGCUCCGUUAAGACGGCAGCCUUCCGUCCGAGCGAGCCGUGCGUGUUCGCAACCGGGGCGCGGGACGGACGCGUGCUGCUCUGGGACGUGCGAGCCGCCCCCGCCCCCGCCGCCGCCGUGCUGCGACCCGACGACGUGCUGGCCGCCGUGCACGCCGCGCCGUCCCCUCGCCACCGCCGGCCUCGUCCCGAGCGCGCCGCCAGCGUCACUGGCCUCGCUUUCCGCGACGACCGCACGCUCGUCUCCUGCGGCGAGUGCGAUGGCAAUAUUAAGGUCUGGGACCUCCGCAAGAGCUACGGCGCCUACCGACGCGAGCCGCUACCCAUGCACUCCAUCCCCUACUGCGGGAGCUCAGCGCGCAACGGAUACACGAACUUGAUCGUAGACGAGGCCGGCGUGCGGCUGUACGCGAGCUGCAUGGACGACGUCAUCUACUGCUUCAACGUGUCCACGUUCAACGCGCUGCCGGAACGACGCUACGUCGGACACGAGAACAGCACCUUCUACAUCAAAACGGGUCUCUCUCCCGACGGCCGCUACCUCGUGAGCGGCUCCAGCGACAAGCACGCCUACGUGUGGAACGUACGUCGAUCCCAGCCGGUGGCGCGGCUUGCGGGCCACCGCGCCGAGGUGACCUGCGCCGCCUGGGGGCGCGCGCCCGACUGCCGGCUCGUCACCUGCAGCGACGACGCCCGCCACAUGAUCUGGCGGGUCGGCCGCGAGGAGCGCCACGACGGAGACGACUGCGCCGGCCGAGCCGAGCGACCGCCCAGCGACCAGCAGGACGCGCCGCUGUGGGGAGCGCUGGAGAGGACGCCUGCAUCUUUGAGGAGAGCCCCGGCGGCGCCCGGCUCGGCCGGUGCGGACCGCGUUCGACACAAGGCGUCCAAGCGCUGUCUGGCCGAGCUCAUGGGCGCUGCGCGGGAACGAGACGAAGACGGUGCCGGCAAGAGGCCGCGGACCGAAGAACCGCGAACCGUGGACCUGAAGAGGCGGGCGGAGUGUGGCGAGGAUGGUCCGCCUUCCAAGAAGGAACGUGCAGAGUCCGAAGCGCCGCCCGCGGACUGGGCAUACUUCUCCCCUAAGGCGGGUUCGUCCUUCAUGACACCGACUAAAAACUACGACAAGAGAACUUGUAAGACUCUCUCCCCGAAGAGUCCCAACUCUGCGUCUCCUCCCCAGGUGUUGUUGAAGACUCCCAGCAAGGAUUCACCUCACAAACUCAGAAUCGUCAGUUUCUCGACUCCCACCAAAAACUUACCCGACUUCGUGAUGGACGGAGAGGCGCCGCACCUCCGCCUCAUGUCUCCGGGGAAGAAGAAGGCCGAGACCACGGACUGGCUGACCAGGAUAGUUAGGGAGAGAAGGGGCAAGGAGAAUCACGACAAGGUCGCCGCACCGCCCAGCCCCAAGGACGCACCGCCGCGGAGGAACUCGCUCACCGACAAGACUCCCCGGCCGACCCCCAGGACUAGAACGUUACUCAAAUACUUCUCCGUCACCAGAAAGGAGUAGGCGCGUCACGAGACUAAACGUAAGCCAUCGCAUCGGUACGUUUAGUAUUCAGAUACUUUUUGUUACAUGCGGUCGCUUUUGUUCUCUGUCGCUCUUGUGAUGAUCCCGACUCCAAACGUUCUUUUAAUACAUUGCCUUUAAUAUUUCCUCGCGGAAUGUGAACUUGUGGUAAGGAUUUAUAUAAAUGCAUUCUCCGACUUCAGGUCGAUGAGUUUAGACUGAUAGGUAUUUAGUUUUAUAUUGUAACAUUUUGAAAUAAAUAAAUCUCUCGAGGACAA